AUGACCUCAGAUGUCCAUCAAGGUCCUCACAGUGCGGAGAGAACAAGAGAUCCGUCUAAUCCUGAGGAACCUUCUGAUCCAUCACGUCACAUGACCUCAGAUGUCCAUCAAGGUCCUCACAGUGCGGAGAGAACAAGAGAUCCGUCUAAUCCUGAGGAACCUUCUGAUCCAUCGCGUCACAUGACCUCAGAUGUCCAUCAAGGUCCUCACAGUGCGGAGAGAUCAAGAGAUCCGCCUAAUCCUGAGGAACCUUCUGAUCCAUCGCGUCACAUGACCUCAGAUGUCCAUCAAGGUCCUCACAGUGCGGAGAGAUCAAGAGGUCCACCUAAUCCUGAGGAACCUUCUGAUCCAUCGCGUCACAUGACCUCAGAUGUCCAUCAAGGUCCUCACAGUGCGGAGAGAUCAAGAGGUCCACCUAAUCCUGAGGAACCUUCUGUAAGCCACGAAGGAAAUCACACAGGAGAGCGGCCAUAUUCGUGUUCAGAGUGCGGGAAACGUUUUACCUUGAAAGGAAAUCUUUACAAACACCAGAGUACUCACACGAGUGAGCGUCCUUAUUCCUGUUCCGAGUGUUGGAAAUCUUUCAGGGAGAAAAGAACACUUCUGAUACACCAGAGAAUUCACACGGGUGAGUGUCCAUAUUCCUGUGCAGAGUGCGGGAAAUCUUUCAGGGAUAAAAGAAUAUUUCUCAGACACCAGAGAAGCCACACAGGCGAGCGCCCUUAUUCAUGUCCAGAGUGCGGAAAAUGUUUCACUGAGAAAAGAAUCCUUGUUCAACACCAAGUAAUUCACACGGGUGAACGAGCAUAUUCAUGUUCAGAGUGCGGGAAAAAUUUCAUUGAGAAAGGAAAACUUCUUAAACACCAGAGAAUUCACACGGGUGUUCGCCCCUAUUCAUGUUUAGAGUGCGGGAAAUCUUUCACUCAGAAGGGAACCCUUCAUAUCCACCAGAGAAGUCACACGGGUGAGCAGCCUUACUCAUGUACAGAGUGCGGGAAAUCUUUUAAACAAAAAGGACAACUUCUUGGACACCAGAGAAUUCACAUGCGUGAUUGUCCUUUUUCAUGUUCAGAGUGCGGGAAAACUUUCACCGAAAAAAGAGACUUUGUCAGACACCACAGGAUUCACACAUUCGAGCAUCCUUUUACAUGUUCAGAGUGCGGAAAAUCUUUUGCUAUAAAAGGAGACUUUGUUAGACACCAGAGAAUUCAUACAGGUGAGCGUCCCUAUUCAUGUACUGAGUGCGGGAAAGGUUUUAGUGUAAAAGGACAGCUUCUUCUGCACCACAGAACUCACACGGGUGAGCGUCCUUUCUCAUGUUCAGAGUGCGGGAAAUCUUUCACUCAGAAAGGAAACCUUACUACGCACCAAAUCAUUCACACGGGUGAGCGGCCGUAUUCCUGUUCACAGUGCGGAAAGACUUUCAUUCAGAAAGGACACCUUCUUCAACACCAGAGGCUUCACACGGGUGAGCGACCGUACUCAUGUUCGGAGUGCGGGAAAGCUUUCAACGAGAAAGGAAAACUUAAUAAACACCAGAGCGUUCACACAGGUGUGCGCCCCUUUUCAUGUUCAGAGUGCGGAAAAAGUUUCACCCAAAAAGGAGAACUUCUUCAUCAUCAGAAAAUUCACACAGGUGUGCGCCCCUUUUUUUGUUCGGAGUGUGGCAAAUCAUUCCAGGAGAAAGGAGCCCUUCUCGUACACCAGAGAAUCCACACAGGCGUGCGACCAUAUUUAUGUUCAGAGUGCGGAAAAAGUUUCACUGAGAAAGGAAAACUUCUUCAACACCAGAGAAUUCACACAGGCGUGCGCCCCUUUUCGUGUUCAGCGUGUGGGAAAAGUUUCACUCAGGAAGGAACCCUUGUUAGACACCAGAGAAUUCACACCGGUGAGCGACCUUAUGCCUGUUCCGAGUGCGGGAAAUGUUUCAUCCAGAAAGGAACCCUUGUUAGGCAUGAGAGAAUUCACACGGAUGAGCGCCCCUACUCGUGUACAGAGUGCGGGAAAAGUUUUAUUCUAAAAGGACAACUUCUUCGACACCACAGAAUUCACACUAGUCCUUUUUCAUGUUCAGAUGAGCGCCCUUAUUCAUGUUCAGAGUGCGGGAAAACUUUUACUCAAAAUUCAUACCUUCUAACGCACCAGAAAAGGCACACGGAAGAGCAAUCUUUUUCCUGUCUGGAGUGCGGGAAGUGUUUCACUCAGCAGGGACACCUUCUUAAACACAGGAAAAUGCACACAGGAGAACGCCCUUUUUUAUGUUCAGAGUGUGGGAAAAGUUUCAUUCAUAAAGUAAACCUUCUUGUACAUCAGAGAAGUCACACAGGUGAACGUCCUUUUGCAUGUUCAGAAUGCAAUAAAUGCUUCAUUCACAAAGCAGGGCUUCUAAGACACCAGAGAAGUCACACCGGUGAGCGCCCUUUUGCGUGUUUAGUGUGUGGGAAACGUUUCACUCAGAAAAGACACCUACAUACACACCAGAGAAUUCACACGGGUGAACGCACUUUCCCAUGCUUAGAAUGUGGGAAAUGUUUCAUUCAGAAAGAGAAUCUCCUUCGACACCAGAGAAUUCACACGGGAGAGCGUCCUUUUUCAUGUUCAGAUUGUGGGAAAAGUUUUACUCAGAAAAGACACCUUCUUAGACACCAGAAAACUCACAGUCAGAGCAAAUCAUUCUCAUGCUCAGAGUGCGGGAAAAGUUUCACUCAGAAAGGAGGCCUUCUUGCUCACCAGAGAAAUCACACGGAUGAACGUCCCUUUUCAUGUCCAGAGUGCGGGAAAACUUUCACUCAGAAAGGAAUCCUUGUUGCACACCAGAAAACUCACGAGGAUAAGCGUCCUUAUUCAUGUGCUGAGUGCGGGAAAAGUUUCAGUCAGAAAGGAAGCUUUGUUAUUCACCAGAGAAGUCACACGGGUGAACGUCCCUUUUCAUGCCCAGAGUGCGGGAAAUCUUUCGCUAAUAAAAGAGUGCUUGUUCUACACCGAAGAAUUCACUCGGAUGACCGUCCUUUUUCAUGUUCAGAAUGUGGGAAAUCUUUCAUUCAGAGAGCAGAUCUUUAUAGGCACCAGAUCGUUCACAAAUCUGAACGUCCCUUUUCAUGCUCAGAGUGUGGGAAAAGUUUCACUGAGAAAAGAAGACUUACUGCACACCAGAAAAUUCACAUUGGUGAACGUCCCCAUCCAUGUCCAGAGUGCGGGAAAGGCUUCAUUGGGUUAGGAAGACUUAAUAAACAUCGGAAAAUUCACACAGGUGAGCGCCCGUAUUCAUGCUCAGAGUGUGGGAAAUGUUUCAUUACAAAAGAAAGCCUACUUAGACACCAGAUAUAUCACACAGGUGAGCGUCCCUAUUCAUGCUCAGAGUGUGGGAAAAGUUUUACUACAAAAGAAGGCCUACUUAAACACGAGAUAUAUCACACAGGUGAACGUCCCUAUUCAUGCUCAGAGUGUGGGAGACGAUUUACUGAGAAAGGAAGCCUUGUUACGCACCAGAAACUUCACAAAGGUGAGCGUCCUUUUUCAUGUCCAGAGUGUGACAAACGUUUUAUUCAGAAAAGAGACCUUCUUAAACAUCAGAUCAUUCACACUGGUGAGUGUCCCUAUAUAUGUCCAGAGUGCGGAAACCGUUUUACUGAGAAAGGAAGCCUUGUUACACACCAGAAAAUUCACACAGGUGACCUUCCCUUUACAUGCUCAGAGUGUGGGAAACGUUUCACUCAGAGAGGAAGCCUUAACCAACACCUGAGAUGUCACACGGGGGAACGACCCUAUUUCUGUUCAGAGUGUGGGAAAAGUUUUGCUCAGAAAGGAAACCUCAAUAGACACCAAAGAAAUCACACAGGUAAGCGUCCCUUUUCAUGUCCAGAGUGCGGGAAAAGUUUCAAUAAGAAAGGAAGCCUUGUUGAACACCAGAAAAUUCACGAGGACAAGCGUCCUUAUUCAUGUGCUGAGUGCGGGAAAAGUUUCAUUCAGAAAGGAAGCUUUGUUAUACAUCAGAGAAGUCACACGGGUGAACGUCCCUUUUCAUGUCCAGAGUGCGGGAAAUCUUUUGCUAAUAAAAGAGUUCUUGUUCUACACCGAAGAAUUCACUCUGAUGACCGUUCUUUUUCAUGUUCAGAAUGCGGGAAAUCUUUCAUUCACAGAGCAGGUCUUUAUAAUCACCAGAUUGUUCACAAAUCUGAACGUCCCUUUUCAUGCUCAGAGUGCGGGAAAAGCUUCAUUGGGUUAGGAAGUCUUAAUAAACAUCGGAAAAUUCACACAGGUGAGCGCCCGUAUUCAUGCUCAGAGUGUGGGAAACGAUUUACUGAGAAAGGAGGCCUUGUUUCGCACCAGAAGCUUCACAAAGGUGAGCGUCCUUAUUCAUGUCCAGAGUGUGACAGACGUUUUACUCACAAAAGCAACUUUAUUAAACAUCAGAUCAUUCACACUGGUGAGUGCACCUAUAUAUGUCCAGAGUGCGGAAAAAGUUUUACGGAGAAAGGAAGCCUUGUUACACACCAGAAAAUUCACACAGGUGACCUUCCCUUUACAUGCUCAGAGUGUGGGAAAAGUUUCGCUCAGAGAGGAUGCCUUAACAAACACCAGAGAUGUCACACGGGGGAAAGACCCUAUUUCUGUUCAGAGUGUGGGAAAAGUUUUGCUCAGAAAGGAAACCUCGAUAGACACCAAAGAAGUCACACCGGUGAGCAUCCAUUCUCAUGUUCAGUGUGCGGGAAAGGUUUCAUUCAGAGAUCAACUCUUGUCAUACAUCAGAGAAUUCACACAGGUUUAAAAGCUGGAGGGCCGGAGUUUGUACACCCCUGCCAUAAGCGCUUGGCUCUGAACAUCUCCGGGCUUGGGACUGUCACAAUCCUGCAUGAAAAUCAUGGGACGCAGUCUGUGCUGGAUCGGAAAUAA